UUAAGAAAUCUCGAAGAAAAAUAAUAUUAAUUAUGAGCGAGCAAGAAGAUAUUGCGAUUGCGAUAAUUCGAAUGGAAAAACUUUUAUCGAGCAUUACAAAUAAGAUAGAGAAAUCGAUUGAAAAAUGUGACACUCGCGAUUCGUCGAGGCUUCGAGAAAUCAUCAAUCUUAUCAAUUUUCUUAAGAAAUCCGUUGUAUCUCGAAUGAAGAGAACUCCUGAAGCAGAAUGCGCGUAUGUUAUCAAUUUGCAAGAUUGCCGGGCAAAAGUAGCGGAAACUUUGGCGGAACUUGAAGCUUUACAGGAGAUAUCCGCAGAGCAAACUUCAAAUUUCGAGAUUUUUCUAAAAGAUAUCGUCACUUGCAUAAACAAUGAAGAAGAAAUAAUGCGUAGCAUCAAGGAAACGUCAGAAAUAGAGAUAUCAAAAGAAAUGAAGGAAUCAAUGCAGGAAAUGCUAAUUGUAAGAGAACGAGAAGAAGCACAAAAGAAGCUACUUCAAUCUGAAGUGGAUUCAGCGGACUGCAGAUUGCAUGGAAUUAUAGAAGUCAACGCGACGAACGAAACGAAACUUUUCGAUAUGUGUGCAAAAGUUGAACAAGAAUACACCACCGUUCUUGCUAAGUACGAUUGCGACAUCGGUGCGUUUCACGCAUUGAUGGAGAAAUUGUCAGAAGAUCACGAAGCUAUUAAAGCAGAAAUUAGAAAUAUGGAGGAUCAGUUGACUGUGCAACGAACACUAUACGUUCGAUACAAGAAAGAACGAGAAAUCGCACUGAUGAAAGCUUUCACUGAAAAAUUGGAAUUCUUCAGAUAUAAUCGAGCCGCCAAGAUUAUUCAAAGAGCGUGGAGGGUGUAUUUUGAGCGUAUUUCUUUAAAGAAACGACGAAAAAUGAGGAGGAAAAAAUAGUUUUAUCAGAUAAAUAACUACCCUGACAAAAGUAACAAUCCGAAGCGAAGUAAAUCUUUGAAGAGCUCCUCUAACGAAAUUUCCAUACGGUUCUGUAAUGUCACGCUUAUUUGCUGUAUUAGCCA